CUUUCUUUGCUCAAGGCCGCCGCUGCCGUCUCUUCGGCAGAGCCGGAGCCGUUACCCGAGCUCGUGCCUGGCAGCCGGGCUCGGGAUGCUCGGCGACCCCGAGAACCCUUUUGCGGACGACCUCUGCGGCGCGGACGGCAGCGGCCUCGGCGGCGGAGCCUUCGGAGGCUUUGGAGGCGAGCUGCUCGUGGACGGGGACCCGGACGCCAAGAAGAAAAAGAAGAAGAAGAGCAGGCGUGCGCACCGCGAGGACCCGAGCUUCGACGGCGGCCUCGACGCCUCUGCUGCGCAGGCCGACCUCGCGGGACUGCGGCCGCCGGCGGGUGCUCCCGGAGAGGGCGACGGCAGCCCCAGCGCACGCGGCGCCGACAUCCUGGGCGGAGGGGUCGCCUACCUGGGCGCCGUGAUGGCGGCGGACUGCGACUUUUCGCGCCGGAUCCAGGACGAAGUCACGAAUCGAUGGACGACGAGCUCCGGGUCUUGCGGCAGCAGUGCAGCCAGCUGCACGAGGAGGUCCUGUUCGCCACCGCGGAGCACCAGCUCGCGUCGGAGCAGAAGCAGGCGUGCGAGAGCCAGCUCCAGCGCGCCAGGUACCAGGCCGAGCUCCUGCGGAGGAGGCGGACCACGAGCCUCGAGAAGGCGGGCGUGACUGGGGAGCGGUCGCUCUGCCUGGACGAGCUGCAGUUUCUGGAGGAGCUGCAGGCGCUGUCCGAGCAGGAGCUCCUGGAGAUCAACCGGCUGAACUCCUCCGUCCAGGCCCAGGUGUCCGCCUCCGAGGCCAUCGCCCAGCCGCUGGAGGCGCGCCGCAGGGAGGCGCUGCUGGAGGUGGCCGCCGAGAGGCGGCGGCAGCGGCGGGACCUGCUCGCGCUGCGCCGCGCGGAGGCGGAGCUGGAGCAGCUGCGCGGCGAGCCCAGCGGGGAGCGCGCGCGGCGGCUGCGGGCCGCCGUGCGCCGCGCCGAGCUGGCCGUGGCGGAGGACCCAUCUGCGGCCCGCCGCCCGCUGCGACGAGCGCGCCGUGCCGGGCGGCGAGAAGGCGGAGCUCGAGCGCGCAACUGGCCCCGACCAUCUGCGGGCCGCCUUCCGCAGCGCCGAGCGCGCCCUGGCGGAGGCGGAGGGGGACUCGUCGGCCUGGUGGGCCGCGCCGACGAACCCGUUUGCGGCCGCCGCGGUGGCCGGGCUCGGGGGCUCGCCGCACCGCCGCCGCGGCCGACUCAGUUCGACCAGAUCUUCGAGGACCGGGCCCCGGAGCCAGACCACCUGCGGCGGCACCUGGCCGCUGGGCGCGCGAGCUCGGGCCCGCUCGACGUCUGA